AAAUCUAAAAGAGCUGUGAUUUGAAUUCUAGUGCAUAAUAUUAAAAUGGACGCCGGUAUUGUAGUAGCCGUGCUGAGUUUGACUACCAUCGCGAUGACGGUCUUCUGCCUUUACAUAUGCUUAUGCGUGCAUCCAUACGAACACACACACAAAGUCGUCAACGGAACACCUCGCGAAAAUCAUCAAACCAAUGCAUGUGCACCAGAUGAAGCCAGUCAACUUGCUCCGAACAUUCUUCAAGAAUUCAACCAUCUUUUCAUGAACAACAACCAGAAUAUCCACCAAAAUUAUUACAACACGACCAAUCUUGCGACCAUAUUCGGUCAAGGGUGUUCCACCAUCACUGAUAAUAUCAACCAAUCUCAUAUUGGCUGGUCGCCUAGGAUCGAUUAUAGUUUCCAUGAGCCUUCUACUAGCUAUGAUGAUGACUCUUCAUCAGAUAAUUAUAUUAGACCUCCAAGAGUGGAGACUCCACCACCUAGUUAUUCUGAAGCUACAAGAGGUCACCAUUCGACUCAGCAUAACAAUUUAGAAGACCCUAGGAGAUCAGUAGAUGAUUCAAGAUAUAGAGAUCCUAGAGGUGGUGAUAGAACAAGUUCUGAUGAAGAUAGGAUCCGGAGAGCUUCUAAAGAUCAAUGUGUUGGUGCAGAUCACAUCUAA